CUCUCCUCCGCCGGAGCUUCUCUCUUCAGAUCCAUCUAACUCCAAUGGCUUGAACCACCACCACGGUCUCUCUCUCUCUCUCUCACACACACCGAGACAGAUAUAGAUAUACAUAUAUAUGUAGAUCGGAAAUUGUGCGAUAAUGGAGGAGAGCUGGUUGAAUUUGAUGGAUUUGAUGACCAAGCCAGCGGUGGUUGAAACAUUUGUCGACAUAUUGCUAUGUGCAGUGCCGAUUUGGGUGGCGGUGAUGAUCGGGCUGGUGAUCGGGUGGUCCUGGAGGCCUCGGUGGACGGGAUUGGUGUUUAUUGGCUGCCGGUCUAAGCUCCGGUUCGUCUGGACCGCGGUACCGCCGGGGCUCGGCGCCCGCCGCCUCUGGCUCGCCUUCACGGCUCUCUCCGCAUUUUCAGUUGGUCGGAGGCUUUGGUUCAGUUUUAGAGGCAGGAAGCGUCCGGAAUCUGGCGCCGUUUCGGCUCCGGCGUCGGUGGCGACGGGUCAGUCGGAGGGGAGUGGUGGCGACAUCAAGCAGAGUACUGGAAUUUCAGAGGCAAAUCAGGAUAUUGUUGGAGGGAAUGAUCUAGAACACCUAUUGCAUCUUCUUGAUGGGAAGGAUGGUCAGAUGGCAUGGCAAAGUAUGAUGGAACGUUCCACUUCAAACAUGGCAUACCAAGCUUGGCGCCAUGAACCUGAGAUGGGCCCCAUUGUCUACCGUAGUAGAACUGUCUUUGAGGAUGCAACUCCAGAGCUGGUUAGAGAUUUUUUCUGGGAUGAUGAGUUUCGGCCUAAAUGGGAUCCUAUGCUUGUGUACUUCAAAAUAUUGGAGGAAUGCCCUCAUACCGGAACAAUGAUAGUACAUUGGAUAAAGAAGUUCCCCUUUUUCUGCAGUGAUCGAGAGUAUAUAAUUGGUCGAAGAAUAUGGGAAGCUGAGAAGACGUACUAUUGUGUGACUAAGGGGGUACCAUACCCAGGUUUGCAGAGACAUGACAAGCCUAGGCGGGUGGAUCUUUAUUUUUCAAGCUGGCUUAUUAAGCCUGUGGAAUCCCAUAAAGGAGAUGGGCACUCAUCUGCAUGCGAGGUGACACUCAUCCAUUACGAAGAUAUGGGGAUCCCAAAGGAUGUGGCAAAGUUGGGUGUCCGCCAUGGGAUGUGGGGAACAGUCAAGAAGUUUCAUGCUGGCUUCAGAGCGUAUGAGCAAGCAAGAAAGUCAGAGGCAUCGCUAUCCCGAAGUGCACUCAUGGCAAAAAUCACGACGAAGAUUUCAUCCAAUGAAAGCGGGGAUUCUUCAGAGCCAGUGUCUGCCGAGGAAGAGAAUGGUGAUACUGUAGAAGAUGUUCAAAGACAUGGGGAUCCUGGUGGAAUUGAUUGGAAAUGGCUAGUUCUAGGUGGAACCGUGGCUGUGGUCUGUGGACUCCAUACAGGAGUGAUAGGAAAAGCCUUGUUACUUGGAGCAGGGCAAAGAGUUGGUCGAGUUGCUCGGAGAUGAGGGGAGAUCUUUUAAGUGAGGACUAAAGGGGGUGUACCUUAGGCCCGUGUUACAGUUCUGAGAGAACGCAAUAUUCAUAUUGAGAUUUUAGUAAUGAAUGAUUUAAUUUUGGUGUAUUUUGAAUUUCUUAAAUUGUAUCUCUUGCCAUACUCGGUCUUAGACUCUUGUCGGAUUGGAUUCGUUUCGUGUCAAAUUUACUUAACUCAUAUUUGACACAUUCGGAAUUAUUUAUUGUUGGGUGCAUGCCCUAUUUUAUUGGUGUAGUCGGGUUCUUGCA